AUGAUCCUCCAAGCCCUCGCCAUCGCGGCAGCAGCCCUUACGCCAACUCUCGCAAUCCCACCGCCAGACUCCGGAUUCCCAGAAGCUCCCAACGACACAGCCCUCACAGUUGCCUUCGACGCCGAGAGGCCCGACGGCGGCGUCAUCGUCGACGAGGCAGCUCUCUACGGCAUCAACGUCACCGCAAACACUCCGCAACUCUUCGUAGAUCCCACGAGCUACCACUACCCUUCGCUUAACAAUGGCGACUACACCAUCAUCAUGGUAGACCCAGACGCCUCAUACCCCGAGAAUCCAACAAAUCGGUUCAUUCUCCAUUGGAUGCAGCCCAACAUGACGCAAAGGGACGACGCAAUGCCGGGUACGCAGAGGAGUCUCGAGAAUGCUACGCAGCCGGUUGUGGAGUAUCGCCGUCCCUCUCCUCCUACCAAUUCCUCUGCGCAUCGGUAUACUGUUUAUGCGUUCCAGCAGCCGAUGGAUUUCACGAUUCCGCAGCAGUGGGAAGGUCUGAGUAAUUCUAAUCGGAGCAGGUUCAACCUCACGAGCUUUAUUGCUGAUACGGGAUUGGGAGAGCCGGCGGCGGCGAAUUACUUCUAUGUUAGUAAUCAGACAGAUGUGCCGGGGAACUUCACAGCGGCGCCUGGGGGGAUGUAUCCGGGUGGUGAUGGGACUGCUGCGACGAGUGGGGAUCCUUCGAGUAGUUCGGCUGGCGCGGCGGUGGUUACGGGGUUGGGGAGUAUCGUGGGUGCUGGGUUGGUGGGAUUCGCUGCUCUCAUGUAA